AUGGCGGCCGUGGAAGCCUUCAACGAAACGAGAGACAGUACGGACAGGAUUGUCACCGAUUGUGGAUUUGCGGGCUACUAUGAAAACGUCCACUCACGACAGAAAUUGCUCAUCGUUCAGCUGAUCAUGAAAUCGUUCCAAAAAUUGCGAUGCGAUAUUGCGCGUACAAAACCGGGCCAGAAGCUGAGACCGAUCAAAUGCGCCGCCAACCUACGGAAACAGCUCGACUUCUGCUAUGAAAUGCUUUCAGAUGCAGGACUUGUGCGCCAAGAAGGAGAUUCGUUCAUCAGGACAGACACACCCACACCACCUGGAAAUCCCAAAGAUGCUCUUCAACAUAUUCUCAACGACUUUCCGACAUACACAUCUCUGAACAAGCUUGUGGCUCACGCGGGUAACAACCUCGCCGAAAUUUAUGUGGGACGUACCGAUGGCGUCCGAUCGAUUUUCGGGUCCCCAGAAGGGCGCGAGUAUCUGGAAGAUAUCUAUGGCGCAGCGCAUCCGAGCAAGGCCUUUCACAAGCUCAUGGAAGACUUCAUGACCCGCUUCACAAAGACCGUCACCAUCCCUCACGGUUCUCAACUCAAGAUCCUGGAGCUUGGCGCUGGAACAGGGGGCACAGCCAAAUGGCUUGCCCCGUUGCUCGCUAAAUCGGGAGUCCCUGUCGAGUACACCUUCACCGAUCUGGCACACGGCUUCAUUGCUCAGGCUGCGCGGAAGUUCCAAGACUACCCCUUUAUGAACUAUCGAACACAGGACAUCGAGAAGCCACCACCUGCAGAUCUCGCGCACACCCAGGACAUAGUCAUUGCUGUAAACGCAGUUCACGCCACCCCCGACAUGGUAAAGUCACUUACCAAUACGCGCCAAUUCUUACGACCUGGCGGGUUUGCACUGGUGAUGGAGGUGCAGGAGCGUUUGUGCUGGGCUGACUUUGUGUUUGGGCUGUUUGAGGGAUGGUGGUUGUUCAGCGACGGGAGAAAGCAUGCGACGGCUGACGAGACGGUAUGGCGGGAUGCUUUCAAGGCAUCUGGGUUCGAUCAUAUUGAUUGGACUAAAGGGAAAUUGAGGGAUUCCGGCCUGCAGAGAGUUUUCCUGGCGACGGUGGCCGAAUAG